AAAGACGAACCACCUGGAGAGCUACUUAAAAAGACCGAUUCCCGAGCUCCACCCCAGAAGAAGGCAAAGCAUCGCCAGGGGAGAGGCCUGGGAAAUCUUUUAAAUCAUCACCCCGGGUGAUUUCUCGGACCGGGAAGUUUGGGAACGACUGAAAGGACCUCUCUCACGCCAUUCCAAAGGCGGCUCGUCAGAAAAAUAUGGCUCAGGAGACUAACCAGACUCCAGGGCCCAUGCUGUGUAGUACAGGAUGUGGCUUUUAUGGGAAUCCUAGGACAAAUGGAAUGUGUUCCGUUUGCUACAAAGAACAUCUUCAGAGGCAGCAGAAUAGUGGCAGAAUGAGCCCAAUGGGAACAGCUAGUGGUUCCAACAGUCCUACCUCAGAUUCUGCAUCUGUACAGAGAGCAGACACUAGUUUAAACAACUGUGAAGGUGCUGCUGGCAGCACAUCUGAAAAAUCAAGAAAUGUGCCUGUGGCUGCCUUGCCUGUAACUCAGCAAAUGACAGAAAUGAGCAUUUCGAGAGAGGACAAAAUAACUACCCCGAAAACAGAGGUGUCAGAGCCAGUUGUCACUCAGCCCAGUCCAUCAGUUUCUCAGCCCAGUACUUCUCAAGGUGAAGAAAAAGCUCCUGAGUUGCCCAAACCAAAGAAGAACAGAUGUUUUAUGUGCAGAAAGAAAGUUGGCCUUACAGGGUUUGACUGCCGAUGUGGAAAUUUGUUUUGUGGACUUCACCGUUAUUCUGACAAGCACAACUGUCCUUAUGAUUACAAAGCAGAAGCUGCAGCAAAAAUCAGAAAAGAGAAUCCAGUUGUUGUGGCUGAAAAAAUCCAGAGAAUAUAAAUGACUACUUGUGAAGAGACUGAAACUUUGUUUUUAUUUUAAUAUAUCGUAGGAAAACAUUAAAGAGCAGAUGCAUGGCCAUUUUCCUUUGAUGUUCUCCAGAGUUUUACUUUACACUUGUCUGUCUUAUAAUUGAAAUUUUAGGAUGUUUGGGUGUUUGUUACAGGCAGAAAUGGAUAGAUACAGCCCUACAAAAUGUAUAUGCCCUCCCCUGAAUAAAAUUGGAUGGAAAUCUGCACAGCAAAUUGAAAAUACACAGAUAGGGACAAAAUUUAGUUCCCAUGUGCCAAACAGAAUACAUGAAAUCUCUGCAUGUUUGCAGCAUAUCUGCCUUUUGGGAAUGUAAUCAAGGUAUAAUCUUCGGCUAGUGUUAUGUGCCUGUAUUUUUUUAAAAAAUGGUACACCAGAAAAGGACUGGCAGUCUACUUCUACCAUAGUUAAACUUCACCCUGUUAAUUUCCACAACAUGUUCUUUGGAAGCAGGAGGAAAACUAUAAAGAGGAUCAGACCUUUCCAUGAAACCAGUAUUUGGUGCCAUAUGUAGACCUGGUUAAUUUGUCUUCUAAAAGCUGUCAAAUAAGACAUUCUGUGAAAGGUAAACAUCGCAACUGGUUAUCAUGAGUAAAGCCAUCAGGCCCACAAGGUCUUGAGCGAUCUUUGAAGCUUAUUGUGCUAGCCUGCACCAGAAGAUGUCUGCAUUACUCUCAUUGCUAAAAAUGUUGUGUAGCACAGAACUGCACUGGGAUUAAUUUGUUUACAAGAAGAAAUUAAAACUACAUUUGGUUUUUACAUACAGCAGCUCUAUUGAAUAACAUGCAUCUGAAUUUUAAGUUGCAAAGGUAUCUGAAAAGUUAAUUUUUCAUGUGCAUCUUUUGUUGAAUGUUUUGGUUCAAGAAAGAAUGUUUAAAGCUUUUUUAAAGACUUCAGUUCUUAAAUGUAACUGUACCCUUCUGCAUGGAGAACCCUAACCAACACGGCUGCAGUAGACUUCUUAGUGGUAUCCAGCACCACGUGCAGAGGGCCGCUUUAUCAUAUUAAUUGUACUUGGGUGUAGGACUCUAGUGUUCUUGGGUGUAUUGCAUGGGCUGCAUUAUCUACAGCAUUGUACAAUAACAACUAGAAGAGGCAGUAUACUUCACUGAUGCUUGUCUGGUAAUAUCACUUCUGUGUUAUAAUGGAAGGUUUUUGUGAUGUAUGAAACUUGUGUUUUUUAUAUAUAAAUGAGUAUAGUUAGAUUAGUAUUGUGGUAAUGCCUGUUUUCAUCUGUAAAUAGUUAAGUAUGUACACGAGGCACUACUUCUGAUUUAUUGCAGUGUUCGGUCCUAGUUUUUACUUUAAUUAAAGCAUUCGAUUUUGCUUUCAAUUUUAUGUACCUUAGUUCUGAGUUAGAUCUGCAGAUGUGUACAGAUAGUUCAUAUUUAUGUAUUGCACAUAAUCAUGCUAUUCAGCAUUGAUGCUAUAUUGUAUUAUGUAAAUAAUAAAAGCCAUGUACAGAGGGAA